UUACACGCUAUAACAAUGACUCUCCACUGAGGUAAAUAUUCGCAAUACUUUCGAGCUUUACUUCUCCCUAACUGAAAUGUAAUCGCAAUAUAUUGUUGGUUCAUGCUGUGUUUAUCGAGAUAUAUCAUAAUAUCAACGAUUGAUAAUGAUGUUAAUGAUUCUUAAUGAAUGAUACGCAUCAAAACUAAGUUAAGAACACAGUGCAGCUACACAAACACGGCUAUCCAAGGCUGUGUCUCGUUUCGAAGGCUGCAUGCUAGGUAGGACGCGUCCUUUGAAGGCUGCAGUAUACCGAGCGUCCUCCUUUAAACAAGUCUCGUUUAAACGAGAUGGCCUUCGUAGGACAAACGGAAACGGAACGUAACAUGGUUGCUAUGACAGCACGCCACUCUUUAACAAGCGCGAGCGUUUCGUGUGAGACGGGAACAAAGUCCCUCUGGAAGGGAAUGCAUGAGGUACAUUUUAGGAGAGUUAUAAUGAUGUAAAGAGAAAAGAAAAUAGAUUUUACAGGUGUACUUUUAGUCUAAUACUUUAUUUUAAUUAUAUAUUAAUAUAAUUAUACAUAUUAUACAUACUCUGCACCCAUCUACUGAGGUACUUCAACGUGGGAAUUAACAUUACUUGCGUUUGAACAUCAUAUUUACGGGCAAAUUGCCGUCAUUUAAAAAAAAAAAAAUUUUUUUUUUUUACAUUUCGGUUGAAGCAAAGAAUUGUGUAUAUGUGUAAUCAGUUUCUCAGAUUAAGCGAGUAGUAUUCAGCUGGUCAUGUGAUGCUAACAUGGCUGCCCCCAUGAGGCGCCCCGUUCCAUGUAGAAGAAAAUAGCUUUUAUAAGGUUACUAAUAUGACUGUUACUAACUAUUCAUCUCACAUGAGUAGUCAUGAUUGUAUGCAUAUCUUUCAAAAUUACAUUUAAUUUCUUUAGAAGUAAAACUUUUUAAAUGAAGAAAAAAAAUUACUUGGUGCACCUUUAACAUAUUACUCAAACUACUUAAAGCUGCACUACGUAACUUUGUGCCCUCUAGCGACAUCUGUGGUUGAAACUUAAAAUUGCAAGCAAUUUGCAGAAGAAUACAUUACGUCAGUCGUGUUUCGGCGCUGCUCUUCUGGCGGAUGAAUCUCCCAAUUUGAGUUUACCUUGACAUCGCCUGUGUGUGAUCAUGACUGGAGUCAGAGUCAUAACGUGCUGUUUUCAUGUUGAUAUUAUGUUAUACGAUUAAAAACGGAAAUAUUUCUUGCUUUGAUGAAGAUAAACAACACUCUUAUUUACAUAUUUGAAUGAAUUUUACACUUAGAUCGCUUUUCUGACACUACACUCAAAGCACUUUUGAAAAGAGAACGGGAUUCUCCUCAGCCACCACCAGUUGAUCUUAAUAUGAUUAUUCAAGUGUUUUAUCUACUAUUAAAGUUUGAAUUGUACUACAGUUUUAAAUUUAAGAGGUUAAACUCGUGAUAUGGCUGAUACGAGUUCAAUAGAAGACUUUAUUAUUUUUAUACUAUAUUGUCCAGACUAAGUUACUACAAUAGUAUGUCUAUGCAAUGCACACAAUAACACCGUAAACUAAAAACAUAAAAGGAGGAUUCAAUAAUUAUGGGGAUAAAAUAUUCUUGAUUAAAUAUAAAAAUAAUAUGCUUAAAUAUGCAAUAUAACAAUUACAAGAAGUCAGUUUCAGAAAUCAUACAUAUUAAACAUGUCAAAGUAACUUAACUGGAUAACGUAGAUGCAUCACGAUCGGUUAACACACGAGUAAUGUUCGAUUCAUAAAAGCAUGACAAGCAAUAUAAGCUUCAACAACCCUACCAGAAAACAUAUCCAAUCAUUAUAGCAGGUAAACAAUUUCACCAAACGGAUAACAGAUAAACAUCUAGACUGCGACGAUGCUGUCCUGAACUGUGUGAGUGUGACUGAACUGAGCUGAACAGCGUAGUUAGUUUCUGCAGCCGGAACAUGAGACAGCAGGCACUUCUUUCCUGUGUGUGUGGACAUAAUGUAAUGACGCAAGGAUGAACGUCAUAAACCAGCAAUUUCACGCCAAAUCGAACCCAACAGCUCAAAAUACAAAUCAUUUUGAUAGGCUUACCAUAGUGAAUCGGGGUAAGCCAUGUCGGCCCCACCUGCGGCAGGCACCUUUGGCCCUUCCGCGCCCCCAGCAAGCAUGUUCGACACCGUCCCAGGAUAUGAGGGAACUAUGGCCGGCGGAGGUGGUGGGUAUCUUCCACCUCCAAUGCCGUCUGUACCAACCCCUGCGCCCGAGCCUUCCCCCAACCAACCAGAGUGGCUAAUUCCUUCCAUUUCAGAGGAAAGAGCGCGUGAAGCUCUUGCAACGUAUGUCGCUAGCAAGUGUUGCUACAGCUCUGCCCCGGUCAAAGAAGGAGUUAUAACCAACAUGGAAUCCUUUAAUACUUACAGGUACCGUUUGGAGACGUUCACAGAGUCCAGAUCUUCUGAAUGGAGUCAGGAGCCUUAUUCAGGGCAGCCUGUGGAUGCUGGUGCUCAACCAGCUCCAGGACCAUGGCAGAUCGCAGUUCAAGCUCCAGCCUUCUUUCAAGAGCACAAGCAGACUAUAAAAGUGCCUUAUACUUCCUCUGUCAAGAACUGUCAUUCGUGUCUUGGAAUGGGAAGAAGCCUGUGUUCCACCUGUGCUGGAGCUGGAAAUAAAGUCUGCUGGGUGUGUAACGGUUCUGGUCUUCGUGUAGGUGACGACCGCUGCACGCACUGUAAUGGGCGUGGAUGUGAGAACUGUAGUUUUUGCAGUGGCAAUGGCUCUCUUCAGUGUGACACCUGCCAUGGAAAGGGACAGCUGCUCGUCUUCAUCAAUCUCAAUGUUAAAUGGAGCACAGAGAAGGAUGAUUUUGUAGCACAACAGUUGAGUGGUCUGAAAGAGCACAAUCUUGAGAGAGUUUCAGGAAAGGAGCUCUUCAGAGACACCCAGUAUAUGCUAUAUCCAGUGAUGGGUUUCCCAGAUGCCUCUCUUGUUCAAGCAUCUGAGCGUUUAGUAAGAGACCAUCAGGUGAAAUUUGCCCAAACCUCCCGCAUAUUACAACAGAGGCAGACAAUAGAGCUCAUUCCCAUAACCAAAGUAAACUACAUGUGGAAAGGAAAACCCCAUGUUUACUUUGUGUAUGGAAAUGAGUUUGAAGUGAACGCUGAUGACUACCCUGCCACCUGCUGCUGUUCUGUGAUGUAACUCUGAAAAGUCUGACAUGUCAUUUUUGGGGCUGACAUAACUCUACACAGUUAUUACAUCGUAAUUACAUCCAAACAUCAUAAUUGUUGCCUACACAUCUCUCACACUCACAAAACAUAACCUGUCAGAAUUGGGCAUUAUCAGUAAAAGUAGUCCAUCAAAAUUGUUGCAUGGUAAAUUCCAACCCUGUAGAUGUUUGGCAUAUGACUCAGUGUUGCCAAGUGUGAAUUACUACAUUUUCACUCCAUCAAGAAACUGUUCAAGAGUCUGCAAUAUACAGGAGCUUGUAGUACAAAUUUGUAAGAGAAAAUAGUCAGUAGUAAACUUUUUGUACAAAUUAUUUAAUGAGAUCAUGUUGAAUUAAAAUAAACUCAAGUUUUGAGACAAAACAUCACCACAUUGCCCCCCUUUUUGGGUAACACUUUACAGUAAGGUUGUUUAUGUUAACAUCAGUUAACUACAUUAGUAACAAUACUUUAACAUUAACAUUAAAAUGUUAAAAAGUGCUGUUAAUUUUAACAUACUAAUACAUGUUUGAAAUAAACUUGUAAAUGUUAACAUUAGUUAAUACUUUAUAAACAAACAAUGAACAGUUGUAUUUUGAUAAAUUAACAUUAACUAGGACUACUACAUGCUGUAAAAAUAUAGAUUUGGGUGGUUUACUAGGACAUUUUUUUAGAUUACAAGGGUAUUAUGCUAUAAAUGUUGUUUAUGAGGACAUCUCUAGCGUUUCCAUAAUUCAAAUCGAUUAAAAAAAAUACUAGGAGGCCUGGGUAGCUCAGCAAGUAUUGACACUGACUACCACCCCUGGAGUCGCGAGUUCGAAUCCAGCACAGUGACUCCAACCAGGUCUCCUAAGCAACCAAAUUGGCCCAGUUGCUAGGGAGGGUAGAGUCACGUGGGGUAGCCUCCUCGUGGUCACGAUUAGUGGUUCUCGCUCUCAAUGGGGCGCGUGGUAAGUUGUGCGUGGAUCGCGGAGAGUAGCAUGAGCCUCCACAUGCUGUGAGUCUCCGCGGUGUCAUGCACAACGAGCCACGUGAUAAGAUGCGCGGAUUGAUGGUCUCAGAAGUGGAGGCAACUGAGACUUGUCCUCUGCCACCCAGAUUGAGGUGAGUAACUGCGUCACCACGAGGACCUACUAAGUAGUGGGAAUUGGGCAUUCCAAAUAGGGAGAAAAGGGGAUUAAAAAAAAAAAACCAAACAACAUACUAAAUGUUUUUUUGAAAAUGUAAAAUUUUUUUGUGAGGGUUAGGUUUAGGGGUAGGGUUAGGGGAUAGAAUCUAUAGUUCGUACAGUAUAAAAAUAAUUAUGUCUAUGGAAAGUCCUCAUAAGGAUAGCCGCACCAACGUGUGUGAGUGUGUGUGUGUGUGUGUGUGUGUGUGUGUGUGUGGGGGGAUGAACUACAUGAAACAACAUUUGCUCGUGCUCCGCUUUUGUGAAAUGUGAAAUUUUUCCUUUGUAUUUUUACUUUUUAAUAUACAAAUAUGGUAUGUGAUAAUUAGGGUCUGUUAGUUUUAUAUUUUACAGUAAGUGUUUUUCAAUUAUUGCAUUGGUAUACUCAUUCCUUACUGAAAUAUUAUAUUAAAGAUGGUGUUAUUUUAGAUGUUUAGCAUUCACUUUAACAUUCAAGGAAAACUAUUUUUAUUCCAAAUUCUUAUUAAUAGACACCUAAAUAACAACUUCCAAAAAAAAAAAAAAUUAUGUUCAUAUUUUAUUUUCAGAAGAUACAAAUCUCUACCAUGCGGUUGAGAUGUCUGUUUAUGUUAAAUCUUGCCUUAAAUGGCCAUUACUAUUUCUUGGUCUUUCUAUGUAUAAUAAACAGCUUUUAAUUUUA